GCAGCUGGGUAAAUGAAUACCGCGUUCAGCAGGGCCGGCGAUGCGGUAUAUAAACCAGCGACGAGCCGGGGAAAUGCAGAGAAUAAUGAUCCUCACUGCGGCGGCAUUGACAAGAUAGCGAGAUCUCUCUCUUGCACGUGCGUGUUUCCUGACCUGGGACUUGAGGACCAGCAUGGACGACGCGGAGUCGUACAAUUAUCACUACGGCGAGCUGCUGCCCAAGUUGACGGACGGCGAGUGCGCCUUCAUGAAGUUCUUCAACAUCACCCCAGAGAUCAUUGGGGACUUCACGUACACCACCAGGCAGAAGGCGCUGCUGUUGGGAGUGCUACCUCUGCUCAUGGUGAUUGGUUUGCUGGACAACCUGGCCUUUGUGUACGUGGUGCUCAGGAUCCCGGAAAUGAAGACUGUGACCAACUCCUACCUCCUGAACCUGGCCAUAGCCGACGUGCUGUACCUGACCUUCUCGGUCGGGGAGAAGCUGAUAAAGUACGGUCUGUCCCCGGUCUCCGACGACGACGGGGCGCUGGGGCUGGGCGGCUGCAUCGUGAUCUAUAUCAUCAGCGAUCUGGCCUACUUCGCCGGCUUGUUCUUCGUCACCCUGGUGUCCUUCGACCGGUUCCUGGCUGUGCACAGCCCCAUGGCCAGCGGGAGGAAAGGCGGCCGGAACUACACCCAGAUUGCGAUCGCUGGAACCUGGAUAGUAGCGGCCGUCUUGGCGGCAAUCAUGUCGCCGUCGUAUGGGGCCCUGGAGGAGUAUUGUAUCCUCUGGCCCGAUGAAGCGCCAUACAACGAAUGGUCCCACGUGGCAGCCGAGUGCAUGGCGGUGGAGCCCUGGCUUAUGCCCUUCACCCAGGGCCUCCAAACUCUGCCGUUCUUCAUCUCCUUCGUCGUCAACGUCAUCCUGUACAUCUUCAUCAUCAAGGGCCUGGACCAGUCCAUCGAGCGGCUGCGGAAGCACGGGCUGAUGAAGGAGAAGGACAUUAACGUCCGCAACCAGAUCGCCCGCAUGCUGGUGGUCAACGGCCUGGUCUUCUUCUGCUGUCUCGCCCCUUUCGAGAUCCGGUCGCUGCUGAAGAUGAUCGACACCCUCUCCGGCGGGGACAAGAUCGUGAUCCCCUUGGAGACCAGCAUCACCCUGGACCACAUCGGGCGGGUGAUGGCCUACACCAACUCGGCCAUCAACCCGCUCAUCUACACGGCCAUGAGCAGCCGCUACCGUCAGGCCUUCAAGCAGGCUUUUUUACCUAAGAACCGGCAGGGAUUUUUUCGCGGGGUUCGGACGUCGUUUAACCAGACGUUAUCGCACACCACUGAGACCCAUAUGGAUGAAACCCACACGGAGUCCAGGUUCUGAGACUGGAGAGCAAGGCUAAGAGAGCAGACGUAAGCGGCCAUCUCUCAUGCAUGUGCAGUCUUACGUACGGAAAUGUAUGCUUGUUGAGAUUUUGAAUACAUUAACGGUGGCCUAGAAUUGAAAGUUGUCCAGACGAGAUGUUGUACAAAACACAUCCAAAGAUCACGUUGUCUAACAGGAUAAAGAAGACAAAUAUUUAUAUGUAUAUUUCGAUCAGUUCAAAAGUAUAUUAGUAAAUUGUACAGACAACAAUAUCGUACUAUAUUAUAGAAAUACGAUUGGUGCAUUUGACAUCAAGAUUAGAAUUUCAACAAGAUUUCAACGGGACACAAUUUCUUUUAAACUUUGGUUUUUGGCUUAAGUCCCACGACUUUUGGGAGCUCAAAGCAUACCUUCUUGUAAGAUUAAGAAGAAAGCUGCAUGGCAUUUCAUUCUCAUUAUCAAAGUAUGACUAAGCAAGGUGCAACUCAAAAAUGUAUUUUAUUCCCCAAAAUAAUUCGACUGAACCUCGUCGACGAUGCUUCGCAGAGCGCAAAAGGACCUUGUCUAAUGCACGGCCUUGGUUUGCGAAUUCCGGCUUCAAAUCCCCCAUUUUAAGCCGUAGUGCAAGGGCAUCAUAAUCCGAUCAAAGGGCACCUGGAAUCCGCAGACCAUCCAUUGAAAUUUACGCCCCGUAAAAUGAGAUCCCAGCCCGGACACGCUUUGCCAGUAAACGCGCGCAUACUGAAGAAUGACGGCUUAGUGUAAGGUUGCGAAAUUAAUUCACGCGUCGUUGGAAAUGCUCUCCGCUCGGGCAAGUGCGCGUGCAGGCCCGCGAGUGAUUUACUCCGCUAAACCACAUAGGCGUGUAUGGAAACUGUACACUGAGACGUGUUUCAGAGAUCAGUCCAUUUUAGUGACAUUUUAUCUUCUGGUGUGGGAAUUAGGUCUUUGUUUUGAGGUUUAUACAUAUGGUUGGUGAUAAUCAGAACCUAAAAAAACUUAAGCAUGGUCGAAUAAGAGAAAAAAUAAUAUGGUGAAUUCAUGUACCCAAAAUUAAAUUAAGCCCUAUUUACUCUUUGAACUUGCUAUAUAUUAUGAUAUAUUUAGCUCUACAGUAGGAUAAAUUCACUCCCAAGUUAGGGUAAAAAAAACUACUCUUAAAAUAUUUUAACCCUAUUUUGGGGUCAAAAUUUGGAUCUGGUUAAUUUUAACCCUAGCAGUUUUUCGUUGGAAAGGGCAGGCUAGGCCUACUCGUCUCAACACAGAGGAAACAAUUUGAAUCUGUACAGCCGCCGAAAUGUACACUAACACACCUAUUUUCAGUGUUGGUAGUAUCGAGGUGUUGGGAGCCAGCCGCGCACAAGCACCUCCUCAUCGGUUGAAAAGAGCCGCGUUGGUCGGGAGUGUUUAUUUUGUUGGUAGCGACGCGACUGAAACGCUUGCGUUUCCUAGUCGUUCGUGAACUAGUGAUGCGAUUAGUACCGAAGGAGCCUCCGAGAAAUACCGCCCUCUCCUGCUACAGCUCGAGGCUCAUAGGCUAAACCAGCGACUGAAAUUAGGAGCCAUCAGUGCGGUGGUACCACGCACGCUCAUGCACAGGUCGUGCGGGCCUUGAACACCUCUUCGACCUAUAGGUGACAACACAAGCACCUGUGGGCUAACAGCGCUGCGUGAAUGCUGUGCCGACUGUAAAAACGACGCUUUCUCGGAUUUCUCGUUUUUUUAUAUCGCCCGUGCAAGAUAUACAUCGGGAAAUCGGGGCUUGUUUCGACUCCUAAUCCUUCACGCUUAGCUGCAGCUGCCCUGUCUACCGAAUUGUUAACCCUGCCGUCGUGUCACCGAGUCCGUCAUGAAUAAUAAACAAUCACCUAGGAUUACACACUUAGAUCGAUGACAGCGUGCGGGGUUGAAUCAAAGUCAACCACGGUGAAAGGCUGCGAGGAUUUCUCGGCAGGACUUUAUGCUUUUUUUUUUCCCAUAAAGGGAUGUCGUGAGCAAAGUCGCCUUCAGACUCAACCGCCAUUAACGACGCGGGUUCAAAAACACGGCACACUUUCCUGCGCUUCAUUAACGCCAGCAGCGGACCGUAUCCUGGUAAAAACAAAAAACAACCUAAAAAUCGCGCUGCCGUUUUCGCUGGGCUGAAGAAAUGAAAUCAUUUUCCUACAUUUCCGGACUGAAACAGAAUGGAAGGAUAGGACCAAACGCCGGAGCUCCUUUAAAUUACAAAAACGGUUAAUGUCAAUUUCAAAAGUGAGAUUUGUCCUUUGGAAAAUGUAGCCAUAAUUUGGAGAGACAAAGUGUGACUUCUGACUCUGUUAACCUUAGAGGAAGUAGACCUAAGAAGAAAAGAGUUCCCAAAUUAUUAACUGAAAACAUAAUGAAUUUAGGACUCCAGUCUUUAAACCCAAAAAUUAGAUGCGAAGCAAAUCAUUGAUUACACAAAAGGUUUUUUUUCAUAAGUCUUGAGCCUGAAACAGCCACACAAGCAGAGGAAUGAAGGCCACGUUUGUUUUGGAUCGCGAUGAUCCGUAGUUGUCUACGGACACCAAGACCCGCAUAGCGGAUGGUGCGAACCAGCAUUAGGAUCACUGACGGAGAUCCCUAUCCGUGUGAAACUAGCAGGCCUAUACUUAGACCGCACCUCGUGCUAUCCAAGAUGUUAGUAGACGAACAAGCAGAAAAAAAAUCUGCUCCAGCUUUUAGAAAUCUCACCCUUGGGAAAAUUUUCCCUGAAUUCCUGAAUUGAGUGGUCGUGAAGUGAACUGCCGACCCAGCCUGGAAAUGUGAAGAACAUGUGUUCAGUAAUUCCUCAGAAUGAUAGGAAUAUGUCUCCUGAAGCUCUGGUUUAAAGGAACAACAUAACAUGUAAUCCUCCCAUUUGAAAGCACUGAGUGAAUGGUCGUUCUUAUACAUCUCUUGUGAGGUUGCGCGAUAGAAGCAUCAGGGACGGAUCUAGCUUUCAGGGAAACCGGGGGGGGGGGGAUAAUGGUCGUGCUGAAGGAAGCCCUACUGUGGGGAUCCACCGGAAAUCGAUGUGAUUGUUUAACUAUCGAUGGAUAGACGGACGGCGCAAUCCUCGUCCGGGGUUUUUAUUUGGUAGGUCGACUCAUUUUCUGUCAUUUCACUGGUAGUUCCAUUUCGUCCGCGGCUGUACUGGGGGGGGGUUGCAACCCUCACCCCCUUUAGAUCCACCUCUUGGGAUGUCCUAGCGAGAGUCUGCUUUUGACGCCGUCGGGUUUGUCCCCCCCCCAAAAAAAGUUUCUACACCGAGAAUAACGUGCGGCCGUGACAGGUGUAGCAGUAGCAGGCAUCUGCGCUCUGUUGUCGCGCCUGGCAUUUCAACUGAAUCAGUGCACCCCAUUCGCAACUGUAAAAGUAGCGGCUCCAAACCACCGCAUUAUGCGGAUCUGGUAAUUACAAAAUUUGCCACGUCUCUCCUCUUCUCUAACCUUACUCUGCGUCUCACCCAAAGUGUAUUUAAAACACAAGUGCCCUGAAUUUAUUAUUUGCUGUCAUUAUAAUUGAUAUUUUCAGCUUUGAUUCAAUUGAUAAAGGGUUACGGUUCCUCCGUUGGGGCAGGGAUUUCGUAAAUGCGAGACAAUUACGGUCUCAUGUCGUGCGCUAUAGGAGUAAUAGAAUUGAAAGAAAGAUUUUACUGCUCGUGAGAAACAUCUUAGAACACUCCACGGUUUCUGUGCCUCCCCUCUGGUAAAGGUAAUUGAAAUCGCCGCAUUAUAGGUAUAUCCUCUGUCCCAAGCUCCAUGGACUCACCUCAGACUGAAAUCAGAUAAAUCCGAAGGGGAAGAUUUUUCAAUUUACCACUUUCGGGAGAUUAACACCUCGCAAUUUCCAUCUCUCCCCCCCCCAGCCUGUCGGAGGGUGACAAGUUCGCGUGGGGAGCCCCUUUCUGGAAGGCUCCCGCCAGACCUGCCCUUCUUUGCGUGAUGCGGCAAUUGCCUGCAUGGGAUCGGCGCGCACCGCCACGUCCACAUAAUGCGCAAUUACGGUGAAAUCCAAUUUCACGUGUCGGCUGCGCUGGCAUUUGGGGUUUCUUCUGUCCUUUCCGCCCGGCCCUGCGCGGGCUGUCGGCAAUAUUGACGCACCGUCGAGCAAACGUUAAUUACCAGAAAAACCUCGUCUAACACCCGAUGGAACAUUCAACUCAUCUCCUCUACAGUAAAACGUUUGAAUCGGUAAGGAUUUUUAAAAAUACUUGGUACCGCCUGAAGUCGUCCCAAUUCAAUUUUCUUAGAGAAAGUAAUUCCAUUUUUCCUUUCAAAACUUCAUACAUUUUGAUACUUCAACAAUGGAUGAAAAUCCACAUAGAUAGUCUGUCUUGAACAUACAAAGGUCAGGCUGAAUCUGAAACACAAGAAUACACUUGUUUAGAUAGGUUUACUCGAAUAAAAAGCUUUCUCCAUUUUUAAAAGGGUCAUAACUUCAAUUUCAUACGGCCACGUCCCCAGGAGAAGACAAAGUGGGUUUAGGCCUACCCUAUGAAUAUACUAGUGUCUGACUUAUUAAGAAUCUUGUCUUAAAAAUGCAAUUUGGUUCACAAAACAAAUGAAACAUUUGAGAACAGUCGAAAUCGUGUGCACCAGCAUCUCAGCUUAAAAUCUCUUUGACAUCUGACGCUUCUCUAGGAAUUGUAGAGAGCUCACGAUAUAAUUGGAAGAAAAAACGUGGUAAGCUUUCCAAUCAGGCGCUGAUCCGCAGGAAGAUUUGUACGUCUCGUUUUACUACAUUUUUGUGGACAAAAUGUGCUCCCAUUCAAUUUCGAGAAUGGAGAGGGACUUAAGCUUUUUCAAAUGUGCCAUUUUGAAAGACAUUAGUGCUUAGCCGUAAGAAACAAAAGCCUCAGCGCUGGAUUACUGUCGCCGCGGAAGAUGUUUUGAACCUUUUCUUAAAAAUAAAAGGCCGGUGCCGGAAGAAAAUUACUUCUUAGAAGAGAAGUUGAUCUUAGCUGAAGUUUACAGUCCACGCAAAGCCAAGCGUUUCAUAAUGUCUGUUUUGAUUGAAAGGAUAAAAUUUCUCGUCAUCCCAAUUAGUUUCAACUAAAUUUCAAGCGCGCUGUUUAAAGAUCAAAGUACGCACGGAUGAUGCAGCCGCGUUUCGCCCAUUAAAAUAAAGCGUGGUUUUGCACUUGUGUUAUAAAUCUAACACGGCGAGUUUUUCGUGGUAGCUGUGAUCGAUAGACACUCGAAAAAAAUUAAGAUUUUUUAAAACAAAAUACAUCGUCACAUCUUCUUUCAAGAAUAAAAUAAUAGGGGAAAAUGAAGUUAAAUGUACCUCUUGUGGCGUGGUAAAAAUAAAAUAAAAGUGUCUGCAAAGUUUAAGGAAUGAACUGUCUGUACAAGUGACAGAAUGUCAGCGAUUGCAUUCAGCUUAUUCCUGUCCAAAACGUCUGGCAACUCCGUAAUGUGGUUUUGGGCAAAUCUUGUCAUAUUUCGAUGUGGUAAUUUGACCAGUGAUGGACAGAAGCCCCCCUCCCGCGUACGUGAAUGUGACCGUUAAUGAACCACCAUUAAAGCCGCGGAGUUGGCGUUGAAAUCCUGAGUGCUUUGAAGUGAGAUUGCUUAUAGGGCGAAACCCGGGAUCCCGUAAGUCACGCACGAUGGGCGCACCUCCCUCGCGAUGAUGAUUGGGAGACGCUACCCCCUAAUUGCCGCAGAUUGUCGCGCCAAAUAUUAUAAUCAUCAUUCAGCUUGAUGAUAUGAAACUAUGCUACGGUAAUAAUCAGAUAUGAAACGCGAUAAUCAAAACACAUUGAAGCUUUAGCUAUCCCAUUUCCUUUGCGUAUACUUUAGCAGGUGAACAUAUUGAUUCACGUGUUAGUGCUAGAUAUUACUGUUUUCAUUUGACACGUCACUUUGCAGUUUGUAUGCAUCAAGAGCCUUCUCGUAUUUGACGUGUGAACUUAAUACGAGCAAGGAAAGGGACACACGUCAGGAGAAACUAAAAUGUCAAAUUUCCAGAAUGACAUAAAAAAUGACAAUUCAUUCCACAACAGUUUAUUGUAAAAAAGGACUGAACAUUCAGUGAUAUCUCCAAGGGCUGUUUUUCUGCGUUCGUAGGAAUAAAUCCUGGUGUGGUGUAUUUCCAACGUAUAGGAGUAAGAAGCUUGUCCAGUGUCCAGUGGUCAGUUAGCCAACAUUUUCAUUUCGUAGGGAGUUUUCCACACAGCUAGUUUGCGUUACUUGCUUGCUUCAAGGUUCAUUGAAUUUUCCCGUUUUCGUCUUUAAAAUAAAGUAUAUGCACAGUCAAAAGAUGGACUUUGACCCACGAAGCCCCGCAGUACCGGAAGAAACAGGGCCGUAUUCAUUUUAACACGAACCUUUACUCACUCGGUGAAAAAAUGUAUGGGUCAUCAACAGAAAAAUAUUGUCGUGCGUUAAAGGCCGAAUUUUCGUCACAGUCACGCUCAUUACCACCGCAUCCUCAUCUUGAUGGGGCAUUUUAAAAUCGCUCACGAAUCUGGCAGAGCAGUCGCGAGAGACGCGCGGAUCUCUUCAAUAAUUCAAGGAGAAUUUCAUCGAGUCGGCCUCCGGGCCCCAUCCAGGUACCAAGGGACCGUCAGGAGGGCUCUGUGUUCUCGCUUUCCAUAUGGUCGGCUGCCACGGCGCUCUUGAGCCAAACAUUUUCUGUAGUCUUACUGUCAAAAUAUUUGGGUUGUACCCACGUAUUGCUUGGGGUAGAGUGUUUCCCACAUUACAACAAGUCAGCCAUAUGGUCCGAUCUUCGUGAAUCGUGGCUUGCCUGUCAUCGUCUGACCCCCAACUUGCCAUGAAAAUUUGCGGAGACUUUUUUUCACGUAGAUUUACAUGUAGAUAUCAAAACGUUUGUUUUCACUCCUGCCUUCAACAAUCUGUAUUAUCCCGUAAUAUGAAUUCCUUCAAGUCUUUUGCGUGCUACGUGUCAAAAACAAGCAUAACUUAAUAAAACCCUACAAUACUCAUCAAAGCGUUGAAAGUCCUGAAGAAAACUCUCCAACAAAUGCCCGCUGGUAUCCCAGGCCUACAUGUUGCCGUAUUAAAAGAAUACAAAAAAAUCCGCUCACUGAAAUCCCUUGCGUAUGAAGCAGACUUGACUAACAAGCCAAGGCGAAUGGCCGGGUGUAAUUUAUCAUUCAUCCAAGAUGGAUUGCUUUGUUCCAUCAACAAGAUGGUUAUUGCGUGCCCUGCUGGGGGGGAUAUAGGCUACGCCAUGAUAUGCUUUUCCGGUGUAUAAUUUUUAACGAACCAGGCCUGGCCUUCUCGAUUAAUGCUUAAUUUAACCGUAAUGUGUUCAAAAAUUAACCGAGGAAAGGUAAAAUCACCUCUGUACGACUUCGAACUGGUUAGCAGCAUUUUGUCGUACAGUCUGGCAAAACGAUACCCCUUUAAAUUUCUGAUCGGCUUUUGCUUCCAUAAUGUAAAAUUGUGAUCAGGAAAUAGUGUGUAUUUCAAGGACAAAUCUGGCAGAUGGUUUUCCAGUCCCAAUAUCUUUAAGUCGUAACCGAAGAGCUGGCAAGGAAUCAUCUUCUUUGUCACCUAAAGCAAGAACAUGAAACAUAAAACGUGAGCCAAGGCAUCGCGUGAUCUCCACGUGACCUUUGACCUAUUCACUGGUGCAAGGACCGAGUGUCCCAGUCGCAUUAUCACAUUUCACACAUUGGUGGCGUAUUAGAUAACGUCAACAUCCUUCUAACGUAUUGUUCAAGUGAUCUUCUUUCUUUUCAUCUCUUUUAAAACAGAAAUGGCCUUUUCAUCCUCAAUUUCAACAGAGGAAAAAUUCAAAAAUCUUGUGGAGAGCCCUUUGACAAGUCCCGUUUGCCCGCAAUGUGAUAUGUUUUCCUUCCCCUACAAUGCCAACAAUUUCUUUCUAAAGUCUUGAGUGAUUCAUACGAACGUGCCAGCGAUACGAGCGGAAAGGAUAAUUUGUCUCCCUGGACUGACGAAGAAAUGAAUUUUGCCGCUCGACAACUUGGGAAAAAUUGCGGACAUAAACUACCGCCAGACUGACGUGCAACCCCGACGUUGACGAGUUUGCGCCCAUGGUCCGUGAAAAGCAGACGGGCGCGUGAACAGUUCGCCUCAGCAAUGAUUAAUAUAGAACCACAAGCGACAUUCGACUGCGACAUGUCCAACGACGGACGAAACCCGACAACUGUACUUGCUCUCUUCGAAGUCCCCACGUCCCACUGGAGACGCAAUUAACUUUCAAAACUGGAGGCCAGCCCCCUCCCUUUAUCCGAUACGGUUUAAAAAUAGAAGAAGUUAACUGAAACGUUUGUUCGGGAGGCCGUCGCCCACAGACUUUUGGGGGCAAUUUGGCGGGAAAUCAGUGUCACUCCGAAUCCGAAACUGUGUACCGUGUAAUUGCCGUACGGUGGAAACAGUUAUUAUCUUGCGUGUCUCAUUAAGGCGGAUCUGAGUCGUAUAAAUUCCAUUAAAAUGUAAAUAUGACUGGCAACCUCGAUAAAAAAAGACCCACUUUGUGGCAUUACCAAGGACAUCGCGCCUCAGCCAAGUGAGAAAAUGCCAAAAAUAGACGAGAACAAUUGCAAAUGCUAAUAACUGCAGGCAGUAAGCUUCUGGGAACAGCACACAUAAUUUCCCCUAAAUCGACUUCCCGUCGAACAGGAGAGCAAUUCGCAAUCAAUUCAAAAAUUACUCUGCCAAACAAAAAAAAGGGUUAAGUUGUCUUAAAAUAUAUUGUGUGCUUAUUCUUCCUGGCGUGCUUCCACCAUCAACAAAAACAGGACCGUAAAAAAGAACUUUUUCAAUGAUCGGAAAGUGUUUCAACACUUAAGUCUACUUCGAAGAUUUUAGAUAACGGGCAAGCAGUAACGUACGCGUUUAGAGAAAAUCUCUACAGGCAAUAGCCGUCGGAUUCCAUAAGCGCCCUUGCUUUUUCCGGGCAUAGCAAUGUCUUUGGGAUACAAUGUCAAAAGAAAACUAAUUCAACAGAUCCAUUGUAUGCACAUAUUUGAAUUUGUAAUAUCGGCGUAAAUAUUUAAACGCAGUUCUUUCCCCAUAACCGUUUAGAAAUAAAGGUUGUUCUAAGACAUCCUCGGCUCUACACUUUACCCAAAAGAUAACAAAGCCAAGGAUUGGAAAAAAACGGUCGUUGGUGUAUCAGUCGACAUGAGGACAAUUUGCCGACAACUUCUUGGGCAAAUAACAAAUCCAGAGAGCGGACCAAUCGUUUCCGCAUCAGACAUAGAGGAACAAUAUUGUCGACAAAGCGACAGAAGUCAAAUAUAAUGACAAAAUAGGUGUCCACUGAAGCUUAUAUGCCUUCAUCUCUUGAUGAAACACUCCAUUUGUUUCGAAGCACACUUUCUUAUGUGCCCCGUACCUUUAUAAGAGUUCACUGUCGCUGAUCGACACGCGCGUUGUCAUUAAACUCCGACACAGCUGUCGCUGUGCAGUAUAGGAUGAGCACUGUAGCAGUUAGUUUUAUUUUGUCGACAUUCUUGUCGCUUUAAACUAUCGUUCCACGUAUUGUAUUAUAUAUUUCAGUGAAAAUGUUGCAGAUGGUGCAUUGUAAAUGAAUUGUACUUUUAUUGAAAAGUGAAAUCUGGAAAUAAAAGAAAAUGUAAAUAU